GCCCCAGCAGCGGCUCACUCUGCUCCCCCGGGUCGGAACCCCCUGGAGCUGCGCGCGAGUUUGCAGCGCCUCGCCGGAGCGGUCUUUCCAGUUCCCGGCUUCGCGCGCUCGGACCACCGGCGCGGGUUUUCCAAGCCCACGAACCGCGCCUAGCGGAACCAGCGGACCCGGGACGAGCUCGAGCUCCGGUUGCCUCGCGCUUCCCCGGCUCGGCUCUCUCCGCCCCGCGGGGGUCGCGCGCCCACCAUGCCACAGGGUCCCGGUUCGCUGCUGCUGCUCGUCCUCGCCUCGCACUGCUGCCUUGGCUCGGCGCGCGGGCUCUUCCUCUUCGGCCAGCCCGACUUCUCCUACAAGCGCAGCAAUUGCAAACCCAUCCCGGCCAACCUGCAGCUGUGCCACGGCAUCGAGUACCAGAACAUGCGGUUGCCCAACCUGCUGGGCCAUGAGACCAUGAAGGAGGUGCUGGAGCAGGCGGGCGCCUGGAUCCCACUGGUCAUGAAGCAGUGCCACCCGGACACCAAAAAGUUCCUGUGCUCCCUUUUCGCCCCUGUCUGCCUCGACGACCUAGACGAGACCAUCCAGCCGUGCCACUCACUCUGUGUGCAGGUGAAGGAUCGCUGCGCUCCAGUGAUGUCCGCCUUCGGCUUCCCCUGGCCCGACAUGCUCGAGUGCGAUCGUUUCCCCCAAGACAACGACCUCUGCAUUCCCCUCGCUAGCAGCGACCACCUCCUGCCGGCCACUGAGGAAGCUCCGAAGGUAUGUGAAGCCUGCAAGAGUAAAAGUGAGGAUGACAACGACAUCAUGGAAACUCUUUGUAAAAAUGAUUUUGCGCUGAAAAUAAAAGUGAAGGAGAUAACCUACAUCAACAGAGAUACCAAGAUCAUCCUGGAGACCAAGAGCAAGACCAUUUACAAGCUGAACGGUGUGUCCGAAAGGGACCUGAAGAAAUCCGUGCUGUGGCUCAAAGACAGCUUGCAGUGCACCUGUGAGGAGAUGAACGACAUCAACGCGCCCUAUCUCGUCAUGGGACAGAAACAGGGCGGGGAGCUGGUGAUCACCUCCGUGAAGCGGUGGCAGAAGGGGCAGAGAGAGUUCAAGCGCAUCUCCCGCAGCAUCCGCAAGCUGCAGUGCUAGUUCCGGAAUCCGCUUGGCUCCUGACCGGUCAGCUCCAGAGCCCAGCUGACCACUUCCGCUCUAGGAUGUCACUUCCUGUCUCCCAAGCACAGCCCCCUGCUCCAGCCCCAGCUGCCUUUUGCACGUUGCAUCCCAGCAUUCCCGAGUCACCAGGCCCUGGGAGGCCUGGGAGUGGAUAGAUGCUCUCACAUAAGGGAAAACCCCCCAGAUCAUGUGGAAAUGUUCAAACUAAUAAAAUUAUGAAUAUUUUUAUGAAGGUU